AUGGGUUCUAUCAACGAGACCAUUUUGCCCGAGAACAUCGAUGGAAAAGCUCUGCUAGAGAAGUAUCGCGAGGAGCGUGACAAACGCUUGCGUGAUGAGGGCAUCUUUCAGUACCGUGAUGUGUCUGCAGACUCAUCACUGAAGCACUUUGCCGAAGAUCCUUGGUCAACUCCUGUAGUACGGGAACCCCUCAACCAGGACAUCGAAUUUGCCAUCAUCGGAGGCGGGUUCGGGGGUUUACUCCUGGCUGCUCGAUUAACUGAAGCUGGGAUUCACGAUUUCAAGAUUUUCGACAGAGCGGGUGACUUUGGGGGGACCUGGUAUUGGAACAGGUACCCAGGGGCUGCAUGUGACAUCGAAAGCUACAUAUACAUGCCCUUAUGCGAGGAACUGAACUAUGUCCCCUCAGCCAAGUACGCCCCGGCACCAGAAAUCUUCCAGCAUGCGAAGAACAUCGGGAAACACUAUGGCCUUCUCACACGGUGGAUCGUUCUGACAAACCGUGGGGACAAGAUUCGAGCUCGAUACGUGGCAACUGCUGGUGGACCUUUGACGAAACCCAAACUCCCUGGAGUGGAAGGGAUCGAGAAGUUCAAAGGCCACAGUUUUCAUACUGGCCGCUGGGACUAUAGCUAUUCUGGUGGUAGUUGGGAAGGCAACUUGAGUGGUUUGGCUGGCAAGAAGGUUGGUGUUAUCGGAACUGGAGCAACUGGGGUGCAAGUGACUCCACAUCUGGCAGCAAGUGCGGGCCAUCUUUACGUCUUCCAGAGAACACCGCCUGCUGUUGACGUCCGCAAUGAUUCACCGACAGAUCCCCAGUGGGCUGGGAGCCUCACUAAAGGUUGGCAACAGAGGCGUAUGGACAAUUUCACCACCAUCGUGGAAGGCGGGCAUCAAGACGAGGAUUUGGUCAACGAUGGAUGGACACACAUUUUCCGAUCUCUUGCCCCAUCGGGAGAAAUGGUGAAGAAGUUCAAUUCCGGCAGCGACGCAGCGCGGAAUGUCCAGCUGGCGUGGGAAGAGGCCGACAACAUGACCAUGGAAAGGAUACGGCGACGGGUGGACUCGAUCGUGCACGAUCCAGAGAAGGCUAAAUCCCUAAAGGCUUGGUACCGACGGUUCUGCAAGCGACCUUGCUUCCAUGACGUCUACCUGGAUAUAUUCAACCGCAACAACGUGACGUUGGUCGACACUGACGGAAGAGGUGUUGAGCGGAUCACCGAGAAUGGAAUUGUCGCGAACGGUGAAGAGAUCGAGCUGGACUGCAUAGUCUAUGCGACUGGUUUCGAGUAUGGUACCGAUUACAGCCGAAGACUCGGCGCCACAGUCCGAGGCCGCAACGGGGUAAAGCUCUCGGACCAUUUCCAAAACGGAUUUCGUUCGCUACACGGAUACUAUGUCCGAGGCUUUCCGAACUACUUCAUCAUAAGUCUGUCCCAGUCCGGUGGCAACCCCAACCAGGUGUUCAUGCUCAAUGAGCAAGCCAAGCACCUUGCUUGGCUGAUGACGGAGCUCAAGGCCCGUAACGCCACGAAGGUCGAAGCCUCGGAGCAAGCAGAGCAGACCUGGGUUGAGACCAUCAUCGAACUGGCAAAGUUGAGGGAGAGCUUCUUUCGAGAAUGUACACCGAGCUUCUUCAACGACGAGGGCAAACUGACAACGAAAGGUAUACUACAAACUCGUUAUGGGCUCGGCACAUUGGUUUAUAUGAAGCUUAUUGAGGAGUGGAAGCAAGAAGGUGAUUUCAGAGGCCUGGAAAUUGACGGGAAACUGUUGACCGACAAGCCAAUUCAGACGAGGCCUACAGAGAAAAAUGUAGAGCAGGGUGCUGCGGUUCCUAAGUUUGGAUAG